AUGCUUUACACCAAGCCCCUUCCUUUGCCAACCAGUGACAGGGUGACUGCCAUUGCCCCUGUCGCCCUACCUGCAGCCAACCUGUUCCCGCCCUACCUACCCUACACCCACCGCAACUUCUUCUUCCACGGGACCGUCAUCCCGCCCGAGGCCAACCACACCUACGUUGGCAACGCCUUUGAGCAUUGUCUGCUCAACGCAUCCCAGGCGCCUGGAGACUACUUGGAGCAGAGGAGUGCAGAGGAGUGUGGUGCGUUCUGUGGGUUUGCUGCUGGGGAUUGCCAACCCCUGUGCAGCGGGCAUGGCAUGUGCUCCUUCAAGACAACAGCAGUCUCCCUGGCAGGUGCAGCAGCGCAACCAUUCAAUGGCACCAUCAUCCUCACGCCCCCCACCAGCAACACGUCAGGAGCAGCACAGUGCAGCGCCCAUCUGCCUCUUCCUUUUGAUCGACAACCCUGGCCUGUGUAG